UGAUACUCUUGACCAGGAAAGGAGCACUGGGCAGCAGAACUUCUGCUCGCACCUCCACACGGGCACCUCGGACAAGUGGAGUCUGGCCUCUUCCUCCACGGUCAUACACAGAGUCCACUAACCCACGGACGGGAUUUAGAGUUCCUAAGGCGCAAGGCGCAUAACUUUUAAUUUUAAGAGUUAGAGGGAUAAGUGAAAAAGAUGACGGCUGUUGUUGAGACACAGAUGCAGUAUAACACCACCUACAUGAUGUCUACAACUGAAGACUACAUGACUCAAGAGGAUGACUGGGACAGGGACCAUCUGUUGGACCCUGCCUGGGAGAAACAACAGAGGAAGACAUUCACGGCGUGGUGUAACUCUCAUCUGCGCAAAGCAGGGACUCAGAUCGAGAACAUUGAAGAAGAUUUCAGGAAUGGCCUAAAACUCAUGCUGCUGCUUGAGGUUAUCUCAGGUGAGAGACUGCCCAAACCUGACAAAGGAAAGAUGCGUUUCCACAAGAUUGCCAAUGUCAACAAGGCUCUGGACUACAUCUGCAGCAAAGGGGUCAAACUGGUAUCCAUUGGUGCCGAAGAGAUUGUUGAUGGUAAUGUGAAAAUGACUCUAGGAAUGAUCUGGACCAUCAUUCUUCGUUUCGCUAUCCAAGACAUUUCUGUAGAGGAGACCUCUGCUAAAGAGGGUCUUUUGCUGUGGUGUCAGAGGAAGACUGCCCCCUACAGGAAUGUUAACGUGCAGAACUUCCACAUCAGCUGGAAGGAUGGCCUUGCUCUGUGUGCCCUCAUCCACAGACACAGACCAGACCUCAUUGACUACUCUAAACUCAGAAAGGAUGACCCUAUUGGAAAUCUGAACACUGCAUUUGAGGUGGCAGAGAAAUAUCUGGAUAUCCCUAAAAUGCUCGACGCUGAAGACAUUGUUAACACCCCUAAACCUGAUGAGAAAGCCAUCAUGACCUAUGUGUCCUGCUUUUAUCAUGCCUUUGCGGGAGCAGAACAGGCUGAGACAGCUGCUAACAGAAUCUGUAAGGUUCUGGCUGUAAAUCAGGAGAAUGAACGGCUAAUGGAAGAGUAUGAGAAACUGGCCAGUGAGUUGUUGGAAUGGAUCCGUCGUACUAUCCCAUGGCUGGAGAACCGCACAGCAGAACAGACGAUGCGUGCCAUGCAGCAGAAGCUGGAGGAUUUCCGGGACUACAGGCGCAUCCACAAGCCUCCCCGUGUUCAGGAGAAAUGCCAGCUGGAGAUCAACUUCAACACCCUGCAGACAAAACUCCGUUUGAGCAACCGCCCUGCCUUUAUGCCCUCUGAGGGGAAGAUGGUGUCGGACAUUGCUAAUGCAUGGAAAGGUCUGGAGCAGGUGGAAAAGGGAUAUGAGGAAUGGCUGCUCACUGAGAUCCGCCGUCUGGAGAGACUCGAUCAUCUGGCAGAAAAGUUCAAACAAAAAUGUGGCCUGCAUGAGGCCUGGACUACAGGGAAGGAGCACUUACUGUUACAGAAGGACUAUGAGACGGCCUCUCUGAUGGAGAUCCGAGCUCUAAUGAGGAAACAUGAGGCGUUUGAAAGUGACCUGGCUGCUCACCAGGACAGAGUGGAGCAGAUUGCAGCUAUCGCUCAGGAGCUGAAUGAGUUAGACUAUCAUGAUGCUGCUACAGUGAAUGCCCGCUGCCAAGGGAUCUGUGACCAGUGGGACAACUUGGGAACCCUGACCCAGAAGAGAAGAGAUGCCCUUGAGCGUGUAGAGAAGCUAUGGGAGACGAUUGAUCAGCUGUACCUGGAGUUUGCUAAGAGAGCAGCACCCUUCAACAACUGGAUGGAUGGAGCCAUGGAGGAUCUGCAGGAUAUGUUCAUCGUACACUGUAUUGAGGAAAUUCAGAGUCUGAUCACAGCUCACGAUCAAUUCAAGGCCACUCUACCAGAGGCUGAUAAGGAGCGCAUGGCCAUCAUGGGUAUCCAGAAUGAGAUCGUAAAGAUUGCUCAGACUUACGGCAUCAAGCUGGUCGGAGUCAAUCCAUACACCGUCCUCAGCCCACAGGACAUCACCAACAAAUGGGAGGCUGUGAAGCAGCUGGUUCCCCUGAGAGACCAGAUGCUACAGGAGGAGGUUGCCAGGCAACAGGCCAAUGAGAGGCUGAGGCGCUCAUUUGCCGCUCAGGCCAACAUCAUCGGUCCUUGGAUUCAGACCAAGAUGGAGGAGAUCGGUCAUGUGUCAGUGGACAUCACCGGCUCUCUGGAGGAGCAGAUGAAUAAUCUGAAACAAUAUGAGCAGAACAUCAUUAACUACAAAUCCAACAUUGACAAACUGGAGGGAGAUCACCAGCUCAUCCAGGAGGCACUCGUCUUUGACAACAAACACACUAAUUACACUAUGGAGCACAUCCGUGUGGGUUGGGAGCAGCUGCUCACCACCAUUGCUCGCACCAUCAAUGAGGUGGAGAACCAUAUCUUAACCCGCGACGCCAAAGGCAUCAGCCAGGAGCAGCUCAAUGAGUUCAGAGCCUCCUUCAACCACUUCGACAGGAAGAGAAACGGCAUGAUGGACCCAGAUGAUUUCCGCGCAUGUCUCAUCUCUAUGGGCUACGAUCUGGGUGAGGUGGAGUUUGCCCGCAUCAUGACCCUGGUGGACCCCAACAACACAGGGGUGGUCACCUUCCAGGCCUUCAUUGACUUCAUGACACGUGAGACUGCUGAAACUGACACUGCUGAACAGGUCAUGGCCUCCUUCAAGAUUCUGGCUUCUGACAAGCCCUACAUCACUGUGGAAGAGCUUCGUCGUGAACUUCCACCUGAACAAGCCGAGUACUGCAUCAGCCGCAUGACCAAGUACGUCAGCGCUGAUGGGACUCCUGGAGCCCUGGAUUACAUCUCCUUCUCCAGUGCCCUCUAUGGAGAGAGUGAUUUAUAAAUGCUCCAAAUGUCUUGCUUUCACCCCUUCUUUCUUUUUUCAAGCCCCCAAAUUUAAUGCUCAAUUUGAGAGAGUGAGUUAACAAUAUUGUUCCUCUCUUCUUCUUUUUCUGCCCUCUUUCUUUUUUCUUCUCCUCGCACAGCUACACAAAAUUAAACUUUGUGUACUCUGUUUAAAGGGGAACAGUUCACCCCCAAAAGCCUCAGUCACCAUUCACUUUCCAAAUACCCCCGCCCAUACAAUAGAAGUGAAUGGUGACUGAGGCUAACAUCCUCUCUAACAUCUCGGAAUAAUCAGGGAAGAGCAUGAUGACCCUCCCCCUUCUCUUUGCCUAAAAAAACUGUCAUUUUCAUAAAACAUAUAUUAAAAAGUUUGUUGGUUGAUGAGCGCUUGUGAAGAUUCAUGCUGUGUUUAUUUUACUGACGUUUAUAUGUGAGAGCCCCCCCACACACAUUAGAUCUGUACUGUAUUCUAAUGGCACUUUUCUACUGCAUGUUACGGUUCGACUCAAUUCAAUUAAACUCUACUCGAUUUACUUUCUAAGCUUGCGUUUCCAUUGCAGUUUAGUAUCGCCUCAAUGUGGGUGGGAUUAUAGGCUGAUCAUCAUAGUUGUGCUGCCUCUACUGUCAUGACAUCAUCUUAAACAUGACACAAACACCAAAACAAUAACAACCACUAGCUGUUCUACUAGCUCAUUGUGCUGCAUAAACCAGUUGUUGCAUGGUGAUUUGACACAAGUGUAACAGUUAAAUUGGCCUGGUUGUUUUAGAAGCAAGCUUUCCAGUAACUGGUCAACUAAAUAAAGCAAAGCUUUCAAGCAGAGUAUAGAGUUAAUGUGACAAAACAUACCAUCCUCCAUCGUGGAUCAACGCCAUGGCGCUCUCCCUCCCAUUGCUCGCUGGUUUAGAGAGCGUCCAUUUGGUUGAACCACUUCCACUUUUCCUUGAUGGUUCUGUAGUCACUUUUAAGUUAGUUUUACUUUUCCCUACACUGUUGGUAGGUCCGGUGGUAGCCGUGUGCGGCCAAUAGCUGAGACACUUCCUGAAAUACAUUUUCAUUUCGCUCAUUCACAAAUCAGUGAUCUGCAGUUGAGUCGAGUUGUACCAUGCAGUGGAAAAGACCCAUAAGACCCCAAAAACCACUACUGCUGUCCAGUGUCUUCUUCAUAUGAAACUGUGAGAACAACUUUAAAGUCUCUACACAGAACGUUCUUUCCCCCUUCCACUGAUUUUGUGACAUAGUUCAAAUCGUUAUGUUUUGUUGUCAUAUUUUAUCCCUUAAUAUUGUUUAUGUAUGUAUGUCUUAGUUAUUGUGGUGUUAUUGUGUGUUCAAUGUGGUUUUUCUUUUAUUUUGAAAUGUUUUUUUGCCAAAAAGUAUCAAUUGGAGCCAGUAAAUGAACUUUAAGGUUACGGUAAAAAGUGGUUCAUGUUUUUGAUGCUGACAGGAAAGGUUUCUACUAUCCCGAGAGUUGAUUGAAAACAAAGUUUGCCUUUAAUCCCUGUGAGCUAGAAUGAUAUUGCCAAAGUGUAUUAGUGAAAGCCGGGGAUGUGUAAGAUGGAUUCAUUAAAUGAAAAUCUGGAUGUUCCUGUCUCUGUGGUGAACCAUUUCUUUCCUUUCAUCCACAUGCACACUAAAAUGUCCUGUACUGUGAUUUUAAGACUCUUACUAUGUACACAAAUCUGUAACUUAAAGUGAUAGUUCAACCACGACUUUGUCAUAAUUUAAUCAUUCUCCUGUUGAACUAGUUGACUAUCUAAUGUAAAUUACAAAAUUAAAUGUUUUAACAGAAUUUUCACACUAUUGUUUAAACUCUGACUUGGGCAAUCGAGCUUCAAAAAUGAUAUACAUAUGUACACUUCUGAAGCAUCUUAGGAACAUAUUGAAAUUCAAGUCUAAAAAUCUUUCACUCCAUUGUAACUCUUAAAUUUAAUUUGCAAAUGUGUAUAUUCAAUCUUGGUAUGUUAUGACAUCAUUGGUACUUGUGUGUCUUGUGACCGAAGUAAUUCAAUUUAAGGUGAACUAUGCCUUUAAGAGGUAAAAGUGUCAUAAAAAACACAGAGACCUAACAGUUUUAUUCAGGAUUUAAGAUUUGGUCUAGUGUUUAUUAGCGAUGCUCAAAUAAUGAAAUAAUUUGUUGAUUUUUACCCAUAAUGCUGUAAUGUUGUGACCCACUGUUGAGUUAUUUUGUUGUUUUCUGGGUAAAUGACUUUCACGGACCUCACUGUGAGUCUCUCUCCCUGGACACCCCCCCACCCCCCAUGGGUCUAUGUCGUCACACCUUUAUUUCCAAACACAGAAUUAAUCAAUAUAGAUAAAUACCCAGAAUAAAACAUCUUAAAUUGUACCUGCAA